UUCUCUCUUCAAAAAUUUCAAGUUUUUUCAAAAGCCUUCAGAAAAGGAAAAGUCCGAAUUAUCAAACUGAACUCCUUAUAAUACUGUGUUGAAUAUCACUGUUAUACAUUUUACUUGUUUAUACCGAGUAUAAUAUUUUGAUCAUGAUUGUAACGGCUAAUACCAGAGCAUUUCUCCCCGUCGCAAAUCAUUCACCUGAAUUUAGAGAAAGCGUAAAGCUAGGAGGAAGUCCUGUUUUUGUAGCAAAUUCUAAGAGGUCAUCUGUUUGUAGCCUACAAAUUAAGGCGAAUUCUCAAUCACCGCCGCAUGUGAAUGGAUCAAACGUUUGCCUUAAGCACGAUCACAGACUCAAUGUCGACCCUUUUGGACCAGGAAAACUCAUGGAAGAUGGCUUCAUUUUUUGUCAAAGUUUCAGUAUCAGGUCAUAUGAAAUCGGAGCAGAUAGGGCCGCUUCUAUAGAAACGAUGAUGAAUCUUUUGCAGGAAACAUCUCUAAACCACGCGAAGAUUGUAGGACUUAUGGGGGAUGGGUUCGGGUCAACUCCAGAGAUGUCCAAAAUAAAUUUGAUUUGGGUUGUUACGAAGAUGCAGGUUUUGGUCGAUCGCUAUCCUACCUGGGGCGAUGUUGUUCAAAUAGACACUUGGGUUGCUGCUUCAGGAAAGAAUGGUAUGCGGCGUGAUUGGCUUGUCUGUGAUAGUAAUACAGGGGAUAUAUUGAUGAGAGCUUCCAGCUUAUGGGUAAUGAUGAAUGAAGAGACGAGGAAAUUAUCUAAAGUACCAGAUCAGGUUAAAACUGAAAUUAAAGUUAAUUUUGCGGAUUUGCCUCCGGUUCUUGAUGGGGACAGCAGAAAGUUACCAAAACUUGACGAGAUCACAGCAGACUAUACUCGUACUGGUUUAACGCCAAAAUGGAGUGAUCUAGACGUGAACCAACAUGUUAAUAAUGUCAAGUACAUUGGCUGGAUUCUUGAGAGUGCACCUAUGCAAGAACUAGAGGGUUAUGAGCUUGUUGGCAUGACGUUGGAGUAUCGACGGGAGUGCAGAAGGGACAGUGUACUACAAUCUCUCACAUCCGUAUUGCAAAAUGCAGUUGGUAAUUUCGCCAACUCCAGCAAUGUCGAGUGUCAACAUUUGCUUCGUUUGGAGAGUGGCGAAGACGUUGUGAAGGGAAGGACUGAAUGGAGGCCAAGAUUUGCCAACAGCACUAAGAGUAAUGGAUCGUGAAAUCAACCAUUGAUGCUUGCAUUAGGGUAGGUUGCCUACAUCACAUCCCUGCAUGAACACGGAAUGCCUCGUGCACAGUAUAUCGGAUUGACCCUUUGAAAGCAAUGGAUAAUUUUCAACAGGAAGUGCAUAGCUAUCUCUUGGGCAUAUCACAAUCCCUUGUUGAUCUUAUAUUAUAUGUUUCCUCACUGCAUAAAAUGUAUAUCUAUUUUCCUUUGCAUGUUUUUUUUUUCAUUUACUAUUCAUCUCUC